AGCUGCUGGUCACAGUUGUGCCCUGGAUUCUAGCUGAGAGAGAGAGCAGCCCUCCUGCAGCCUGUGAGUCCACCACCACCAUGGAUGUCAAACUGCUGGCACUGAUGGCUCUGCUGGCCGUGGCCACACAUACACCAGCCUGCAGCGCGAAGCCCAUCAGUCUGGUGGAGCGGUGUUGGUGUCGUUCCACCCUCAACACGGUUCCCCAGCGCUCCAUCAAAGAGCUCAAGUUCCUCCACACGCCCAACUGCCCCUUCCAAGUCAUUGCCAAACUGAAGAAUAACAGGGAAGUCUGCAUCAACCCAGAGACCAAGUGGCUGCAGCAGUACCUGAAGAAUGCCAUCAACAAGGUGAAGAAAUCCAGAAGACGCAACAACAAGAAGAACUAAACACAAGGGAAGACGUGUACGUCGCCAGGCCUGUGCCGAACCUGCAGUAUACACCUCCCUGCCACUGCUACGGAUGCAUGUAAACACGCUGUAUGUACCCGUCCACCUCCCUGGACCACUCGCAGAAACCAGCACUUCACCGCCAAACCGUGCCGUCCCCAUGCAGCACCACCACCGACCCCUCCGGACGCUGUCACCUCGGACGCUCUGUGUCAGCACCGAAUGCAGAUACACCUCGGAAUGACGGGAUGCAUGUUAAUGUCAGAUAUACAGUAUGAGUGUGUGUAUGUGUGUGUGUUUGUACGCUGGGCUAUUGGCAUGAGAGUGUGUGUGUGUGUGUGUGUGAGAAUGUGCUUCACAUGAACUAACUCUGACUGUGUGUGUAUUGUAUUUUGUAACUUCACACGCCUAUAAAGGAACAAACGGAGCUUUCUGUCGCACACGCAGGGUUUUGUGGGUAAUGUUACCUUCAUGGUCCAAAUCUGGUUUGGCAAACAGGAGAAGUGUUUCAUUUAGGGAAAUCCGCCAAGUGAAAACAAUCGGUUUUAUUUACAACAAUACAAUUACCUCAACUUUUGACUGGUGAACGUGGCAUUACUCCAAGACCAAGGGGUCAUGUGGCAGACUGAGACACUGGCCCGUGGGGUUUCCCUCCCCCAAGUGGCGACCAAUCAGGGCUGGUUGUGCUACCACAUGGUCUUGCGUUGUCUUUGAGCUUGCUGCAUGAACGAAACAGAGAUGGAGCUCAGGCAAACUGUUUAUGAAACAAGCACUGAUCUUAUGGUGCUAUAUAUAUAUAUAUCCAGUAUAGAGGGUCAGAGCCUUUGAUAUACUGAAAGUGUAGUUCACUGUUUAUCUUAUGCAAGAUUUGAGGCGGGAUGCUGUGACUUCAAUGUCUUAUAGGAAACCUGUCACAGGAAAGUUAAAGCGCUGUUGAUGGAGUGAGAAGUGAAAAGGGAAAUGGGGAGGUGAUGCAUAACGAAGGCCAUAUUGUACCGAUUAAGACGACACUUAUCAAUGCAGCUUUUUUCCAAUUAAAUAUACACAUGAGUAAACAAAAGCCAAAUAUUGAUUCAUUUAAAUAUGAAUCAUGAAGAAACAGGUGAAAGUGUAACUUUCUAGUUCAUUUAUUUCUAGAUUCAGGUAGAAGAGCUACAUCCACAUUACUAUACAUUUUAGUUGCAGCGAUCUUCGUCCGCAAGAGGGUUUUGGCUCCGUAUAAUUUAUUAGUCCCGGUCCAUACUAACACGCCUGCAAAAGCAUAUCACGUGACCAUUAACGAACACUGGACAAGCGCAUCCUGCUCAAGUCCAAAAGAAAACGGGAAUUGUUGCAGAUUGCUCGUAACAAUUCAUCUUCUGCACGUCUAUCUUUAUAAAAUGCAGAAUUUAACUCCACAACAGCGAUUAGCGAAGACAACAUGGUCAGCAACACUCACACCAAUGCUAAAGCUGGUUGUUUUCUUCAUGCGAUGGGAGCCUGACGAAUCAGACAUGGCUACAUCGUGACUGAAAAGAUCCAAACAGCGAGCGCUUGUGAGUGACACCGUCAUUGUUCCAAAUCAUCUUGAUUCCUGCUCGUCUAACUGAAACGCAGACCUGGCGUUUCCAGACUAAAUUGAGGCCGGCAGCGUUUCCAAACUUCUCGAUUGCAGCAACUCUAAAACUCUGGAGCAGUGUGGACACCAGGUUUGCCCAUAGCAGAGUGGAUGUGUUUCUAAUUGAAAACCUAGUAAUGUGGAUGUAGCCUGAUCUGAAGACUUUUUUUUACACCUUAUCAAAAGGGCAGGAAUAAAUGUCCUGACAACAUUUAAUGCCAGUAUUUUCGUACCAACACCUGUCCUGGGUAGGAAUGAAAAGCUAAAUUAUCAUAAAGAACGUAAAGCUGAAUGAUCAAUGUCACAAAGGGAAUUCUCACGGUGGCAAAGUAUUGAAAGCUGGGUUUUUUAUCAUCCUCUCUUAUAUAUAUUUAAGCCACUUUAUUAUCAGAUGUGUCUUUUAUAUGUAAUGCUUUUAUUUUUAUAUUGUGUAUAAUUUUACUAAAUGUUUUUUAAUGCAAUGUAAAGUAGGCAGUUACUACUAAAUGAAGGCGAUUCCAUAAAAUGCAAAAAACAAACGAAACGGCAUUAAGCUUCAUUUUCAAGGUUUCAUGCAAUAUUUCACUCAUGUGUAAUGGUCUGUUUGCAAUAUGUUAAACACAGAGUGCAAUACAUUCAAGCUCCAAAGGACACAAAUGCCAUCUAAUAACUUUUUUUUAAUACAAAGAUCAAACAAGAUACAAAAUAUUGUCUUUCUGGUUUUGCUUUCAACCGAAUAAAAUCUGCUCCGGCCAACACGCAGUGUUAGAAAACAAAAGGCAGCUGUCAGUGAGUUACAGGAGGGACCAUUCAGCUCGGCCGUGCCCUUCCGACACUUGAUUUGAUUUUUUGCUCGGUUACUGGGGUUGAUGUAUGAUGUGUCGAUGGAGCCACUGAGCCAAAACAGAACAAAACCUUUGAGCCGAGCCGAGCGACCGACAUGUGCUUCCAAUCUGGACACUCCCAGCGUCCCACAGGCCUUCUUCCAAUCUCACUCAACUGCUGCCACUACGCAAAAUUAGGGCCCAAUUUUCUUCCCAUAAAAAUUGUGAUCGAAGUCCUGAAGCUUGUCGUAAUGGUCUUUGUUUAGAUUCCCUUUGUUUUACGUGGCCAAUUUGAAAUCUUUUUCAGCUGAUGGUUCAAUGGUCAUCCAAGUGUAACUUAUUUCUCAUUCAUGCGAUGGAAGUUAAUGGACAUUGAUUUUAUAUCAUUUCACUCAUUUGUUGACGUCCAUUGCCACAGUUACAUCUAGAAAAAAGAUUGGAGGGUCAUUUCUGUAAAGGUCCACUUUUCUAAUAUAUAAUGUGAUCAUUAUCUCAAUUAGAAUAAAUUAAAUUUAAAGUAGUAAACAUUUCAUUAAUAAUUUAUGUGAAUUAGACACGACGAGUAAUUAGCUGUACUAAAUAGACAAGGUGUUUUUUUUUUAGUUGUGUGGCCCCAUUUAACCCCUGCAUUGUCAGAGCCAACCUCAUCAAACAUCCACUGUGCACAGUGUUCACUACCAUUAAACUACUGUAUCAGCCAAACAUACAGAAAACUUUACUAACCCGCACAUUUACCAGCGAAUUGAAGUUAUAUAGAAAAUAUAUGUAUGAGUGUAAAUUUUUGACCAAACGACAGUUUUUACACGACAAAACGUUUUAUCGGCAUUAGUGUGUGGAUAAAUGACCAGAGUGGGAGCAUGUGCUCUGCUUCGGAGCCCGAGACAAUGUGAAAUAACUUCUCCCUCUUUUGAGGCAGCUUCUGACACAUAUUCUUCAUAUACCUGAGAUGUACUGAGACAUUAUCCUGUGUAUUUUUAGUGAUUGUAAACCAAGAGGCAGUGUUUUUAGCUUUGAUACUCGAGCCCUUUUUCAAUAAAGUCAUAUGAAAUAAAAA